AUGGCAGAUCGACUCGCACCCGCUGAUGUGCGCCGACGCAAGAGCAGCGUCGGUGCCGUAGAGAUGCAAGGUCCUGGUGGAACUGUACGCACCGUACAGCUCGAGGACAUGAGUGAGGCCGAUCGCGCGCUAGCUGCAGAAUUUGGAUAUAAGCCCGUCUUUAAGAGAGAAUUCGGCUAUCUCUCCACUUUCUCUUUCGCCGUCAGUAUCUCGGGUCUCUUCUCGACUGUCGCGACCACAUUCUCAUAUCCGCUGUAUGCGGGUGGAAGUGCUUCCGCCGUCUGGUGCUGGCUGAUCUCUGGUGCUGGAUGCAUGUGCAUUGCUUGCUCCGUUUCUGAGCUGGUAUCUGCAUAUCCAACCUGUGGUGGCUUGUACUACACCAUCUCUCGCACAGCACCCAAGAAGUACGUACCGCUUGUCAGCUGGGUUACUGGCUGGUUGAACCUCCUCGGUCAAGUCGCCGGUGUCGCGUCGUCAGAAUGGGGUGCAGCCGCUCUUCUCCUGGCCGCCGUCUCCAUGGGCACAGACUUCACCUAUGUCCCUACCACUGGCCAGACUGUCGGUGUCAUGGCCGGCCUCACCGUCAUCACUGGCCUCGUCAACUCGCUAUCGACAUACUGGAUGGAAAAGAUGACAAAGUCUUAUGUCAUCUUCCACGUCCUCGUACUUGUCACCUGCAGCAUCGCACUCCUCGCCAUGUCCCACAAAGCCGGCACGAACCACACCGCCAAGUACGUCUUCACAGAUGUCGACAAUACUUCCGGCUGGACACCAACCGGCUGGUCUUUCCUCUUCGGCUUCUUGUCCGUCAGCUGGACCAUGACUGAUUACGACGCGACCGCGCACAUCACAGAAGAGAUCCGCGAGCCCGAAAUCAAAGCGCCAUGGGCCAUCUCCAUGGCUAUGCUAUUCACCUACGUCGCCGGCUGGCUCUUCAACAUCGUGCUCUGCUUCGUCAUGGGCGACAUCGCCGAGGUCCUCAAAUCCCCGAUCGCGCAGCCCGUGGCGCAAAUCUUCUACAACGUCCUGGGAAAGAGCGGCGGCAUCGUCUUCACCGUCUGCGCCUUCAUCAUCAUCAAGUUCGUCACCUUCACCGCCAUGCAGGCUCUCGCACGUACCGUCUUCGCCUUCUCCCGCGACCAGCUCGUGCCCUUCUCCAGCGUCUGGACCAAGAUUCUCCCCUUGACCGGCACCCCCAUCCUCGCCGUCUGGAUCUCCGUCUUCUGGUGUAUCGCCAUCAACCUCAUCGGUCUGGGAUCCUACACCGCCAUCGCCGGUGUCUUCAACGUUUGCGCCAUCGCCCUGGACUGGAGCUACUGCAUCCCCAUCGUCUGCAAACUGGCUUUUGGCAAAUUCGAGCGCGGACCCUGGCACAUGGGCAAAUUCAGCCCCUACGUCAAUGCUUGGGCCUGUAUCUGGACGCUCUUCGUGACCAUCAUCUUUGUCAUGCCGACCGCACUUCCCGUCUCUGCUGACACGAUGAACUACGCCGUCGUCUACCUCGGCGCCAUCCUCUUCUUCUCCACAGUCUACUGGUUCAUCCGCGGCCGCAAAUUCUACACCGGCCCCCUGAUCGAAGCCGAGAUCGACGAGGAUUCCUCGCAGGAUCCGCGAAGCAGUGAUGAGGGCGUCAACGCGAAGACGGAGAAGCACGGCCAGAUUAUUUCAUGA